AUGGGGGGUAGAUGGACGACUAAUCGAAUCCAGUUAUCUUGUUUUUUGCUUUUGAUUCUUGUUCUGGAGAUUCAAGUGGGCUGUUCUCUCAAUUCUGAAGGAUUAGCAUUGUUGGAAUUCCAAGCAAGGGUAGAAUGUGAUCCAUCUGGAGCAUUAGCAAAUUGGAAUCCUAAUGACUGCGAUCCGUGCACCUGGUCAGGUGUUCAUUGUCUGAACGGUGGAGUGUAUAUGCUGGAUCUCAAUGGACAGUACUUGCAAGGAACAUUGUCUCCCGAGCUUGGAAAUCUUACUCAUUUAAGAUUUCUUAACCUCUCCAAGAACUAUUUUUCGGGGAGCAUCCCUCCACAGCUCGGGCAGCUUGUGACACUGGAAGUGUUGGACUUAAGGUAUAAUAAUCUAAAUGGAGCAGUUCCUGCAGAAUUAGGCAGACUGCAUUCACUGAAACGCUUGUUGCUUUGUAACAAUAGAUUCGAAGGAAGCAUUCCUCUGGAGAUUGGGAAACUUAAUUUGCUGGCGGAUUUACAGUUCGGUGUGAAUUUUAAAACUGUUGCUGGAAUUGGCUGUGUGACUAGAAAAAUUGGGCAUUGCACGUGGCAGAGUGGUCAUAAACCAUCAAAGAAGCGAGAUUCUUUUCUGAUAUCAAUUACAGAGACCCUAAUCCAUCACUUCAAUCUGUUCCCUCUGUUCGGAAGAAAAUCAUUGCACCAUCAUGCUGAUGAUAGCUGUAGCAAUCAACGAAGUUCUCUUGAGCCAGAUGUCAUCGAAAAUGUAAAGAACCUGGUGAAUAAUGCACGUCGUAUACUAGUCGAACAGUCGAGUAAUCUUGCUGCAGCCCCUGCCAACAUUAGGUCGCCAUCAGAUCCUAUCAUUGCUCUUCCAAGCAGAAGUAGUGGAUCAUUUCCAGCUGUAACAAAUAGGAAGAAACCGGCUCCUCUUGUACCAUCACCCAUUCUACCUCCACAGCAUGAGCCAAGUAACACAACUAAUCCUCCACCGGAUUCGUCUGGUGCUGUCAGUAAACCAAAUGAUAAGCAAUCUCCUGCUGGUGAAAAAUCUGGAAAUUCAUGGAAGUAUAUCAUUGGGAUUUCAAGUGCAGUUUUCCUGCUUAUUAUUGUAGCAGCCGUAUUUGUCAUCUGCAGAAGCAAAGUGGUCCAAACAAUUCGUCCUUGGAAGACUGGCUUGAGUGGGCAGUUGCAGAAAGCAUUUGUUACAGGGGUCCCCAAGUUAAACAGAGAUGAGCUAGAAACUGCAUGUGAGGAUUUCAGCAAUAUUAUUAAUACAUAUGAAAAUAUAGCGACAGUGUACAAGGGAACUCUAUCCAGUGGAGUAGAGAUAGCUGUUGUCACAACUGCUAUAUCAUCUCUAAAAGAUUGGUCAAAACGUUGUGAAUUGACAUUCCGGAAGAAGAUUGACAUGUUGUCGCGAGUGAAUCACAAGAAUUUUGUUAAUCUUAUUGGAUACUGUGAAGAGGAUGAGCCUUUUACGAGGAUGAUGGUUUUGGAGUAUCCUCCAAAUGGCACUCUUUCCGAGCAUUUGCACGUUAAAGAACUUGAACAUCUUGAUUGGAAUGCAAGGAUGAGAAUAAUCAUGGGGAUAGCUUAUUGCAUUCAGCACAUGCAUGAUUUGAAUCCACCGCUGGCACAUUGCAAUUUGACUUCAAAAUUCAUAUUUUUGACAGAUGAUUAUGCUCCUAAAGUUGCAGAGAUUGGUUUUUGGAAAGAACUUAUUGCCAAGUCGGAGAAUCCAAAAAAUGACUCUGAGCAUUCUGAACUUCCACCACUUGCUGACGGAGAAACAAAUGUUUACUGUUUCGGAAUACUCUUGCUUGAAAUUAUCACUGGAAAACUUCCAUACUCGGAAGAGCGAGGGCCUCUUAUUACCUGGGCUUCUGAAUACUUGAACGAUAUGAGGAAUUUCAGCAACUUGAUCGAUCCAACCCUGAAAUCCUUCAAAGAUAAAGAACUCAAUGUGUUGUGUGAAGUAAUCCAAAUAUGCAUUCAACAAGAUGCACGGAAGAGGCCAACGAUGAAAGAAAUAGUUCAAAAAUUGCGGGGAGUGAUUGAUGUAUCGCCUGAGGCAGCAGCACCAAGACUUUCUCCCCUCUGGUGGGCUGAGCUUGAGAUCUUAUCACAAGAAGCAGCUUAA